GUAUUAUGCAUAUUGUUCUACCAUAUUCAUGGUAAUUCAUUGCAAGCAAAAUGUGAGACCAUCAUCCCAACAUACAAAUGAAAUAUGCAACACGCUCUAAGUGUUGCGCAAUCGAACCGCACAAAUGUUUGCGAAAAUUUUAUGAAAAGGAAUGACAGAAAAACUCGAUUUAAGUUGCUGGACUCUUUUUGCUCGUGUGAUUGCACAGAGCGACACCAAAAGAGAAUUUGCCGAUAACGAGGGUCAAAAGAGUCCCAAGGUAAAAGCACACUUAUCUGCAAAUGGCGGGUUGAGAGAAGCUUCUUGAACGUUUUGAAGACGGCAGCGACUAUCAAACAGCUGAUGAACACAACUUCGUUGCUGCCGUACUAAAACUUUUCAUUUGAAUGAAAUUUAUAUAUAUUGUUCAAAGGGAAAUUAUUUGUGAAAAAAAUAAUUAAAUGGUCGAUUCAUUUUCUUUAAAUUAUCAAUUGUUAUUAUGAUAUAUCAGAGCUAUUAUAUGCUUCUGUUGGUAAGAUAACGUCAGUCUUGUUAGAGCUUUGAAUAAUUUUCCUUUCUACACAUUAAGGGCAUCACUACAGCUACCGAUUGUCGUCGGCAAUAGUAGAAAUAGUUUUAAGUUAGCGACAGCGACAACUGUAAGCCUGCUGCUGUGAAGUCGUGAUAUUGUCGAAACUAUGCCCAUAAAGGCGUUUGUAUUUUAAUAUUUGACAGAUGCCUGUCGUGUGUCGCCUUCAUUGUGUUUCAUGCAUUGCGAAUGCCAUGGUCGAUAAAAUAUGAGUUAGUAAACAUUUUGCAAAUGCUUUCAAGUUCAAAAUGAUGACGAAUAGCGCUUAAAUUGAAUUGAAGUUGGAUAAUACGGCAAAAUUACGAUUUAAAAUAUAUUUAAUUACACUGUACACAUUGAAAUAUAUCCAAUAUAUAGUUUUAUAUACUUCAAAAAUUACUUGGCACAGAGUGUUAGGAGAUUUGUGUGUGUUUGUGUUUACAUUUAUGGCAAAUACUAUGCAGAAAGGAGUUGGACUCAAAAGAACUAUGAACACCGCGGCUUUUAACCGAGGAUUUUGAAGCGCGGCCGCAGGCCGCCAGUGCAGCAAGGAGUUCGACGCGAAAGAACACGUGCAAAAUGUGUUAAACAUAUUGAAAUAGCCUGCAUUAUUUUUAAUUUUUAAAUACAAAUACUCGAGGCUGGUAUAUGUGUAUACAUUUUUAAUCCUGACGACCUCCUCUUUCCGCCCAUACUAUCAAAUCGCGGCACCAAAGAAACCGUAACCGUGCCGGUAAUAUAUAAUAAUUUCAAAAUACAUGAAAAAUUAUAAUUCGAAUAUUACCUUUCUUUCAAUUAUUUGACAUCUUUAACAUUGCGAAAUAAGAUUAUAUGUUAUGUCAAUAUUUCUUGAGAUGGCAACCGUGAGCAAUAUGUGCGAAAAGCAUUUUUCGAAGCUUUUUCAACAAAAUGUAUUUCGAACAUGCGACUAUUCUCCAUUUAACCGUUGAAGUCGUAGUAAAGGAAUUAUCGCGGAUUAUUCAAAAAAGUGUACAAUCCUUUUAAAUUUCAAGUUUUUUUGGUUGAUAUAUUUCCUGUUGAGUAAAAGCUAAAUCGAAGAAAAUGUCAGAUUGGGGUGAUGAACAGGACGAUGGUCGCGGUUUUGGUAAUGGCUCCUCCCAAUAUAAAGACAAUGGUGAUGAGUAUGUAGAUAACGGCGAAACUGAUUACACGGAACACGAAAACACAGACGACGGGAAUAAAGUUUUUGGGAGCAGACGUGGUAGAGGCGGCGUGCGAGGUCGUGGCGGGCGAGGUAACAGGCAUGAUGCUAAUUAUGGCGUUGAUCAUCGUAACUUUGUUAAUAAUGAAGAGAAUGCCCAACAAGCUGAAUUCCAGUCGUCAGCACAGAAUUUUGUGCCAAAUAACUUUAUGAGAGCUACUAUUCAAGAAUUCUUACCCGAAGUGCCCGGCCGUAUACAAACGACAAACAAUAUUGAUGAACUUUAUUGUAUUGUCAAAUAUCUGUUGCAAGCGUUUAAAGUAUGCUUGUCUACAGAAAUGGUUACCAAGAAUAAUUCUUUAGCUAAUGCAUCCACAGAGGAGAUGGUGGCAAGAGUUGGCGUUAAUCACGAAAUGCAACAAGAAAAACUUGAUAUUGAUCAAGAAAAUUUUAAUGUUGAUGUUUUUAAUGUUGGAGUUGACACUACUGCAAACGAAAAUAUAGAAAAGUCAUAUUUGAUAGGCGGAAAAAGAAGAGCAGACAACAAAAUGCUACUACCCAAAAACAUCGAUUUAGCAACAAUAAAUCAGUCCAAGUUAUUAGAUUUACCAGACUUAUUCACAGAUGUAAUACCUGCUUCACUGGACCAAGAGAUGCCAAUGUCGACUACUUCCAGAACUCCUUUUAAACGUAAAAAAACUAAUUGUAGCGUUACCUAUCAGAAUCAAGUUUCUGGAGUUGCAAAACUUGACAUUAUUCCAAAUCUGGUUGGAGCAAAUAUAACGGAGCGGGAAUAUGCAUUAAGAAAACCCUUAUCAAUGCGAAGUUGUUUAAAAAUUGUUCCGAAAGACCAUACAAUCAUCAGUAUUAUGCGCAAAAUGACGUAUAUUUUUUUUCCAUUGGAAGACAUAUGUGCAAACGCUGGUAUGGAGGAAGAUAUGCAUCAAAUUCUACUAUUUGCUGAAGAUCAUUCGCAGCUAGAAUAUGGUAGUGCUGGAACAUCGACAAGCAUCAAUGUUGCACGCCAACAUGUGGCGGCGUCAUCGAUUUCGGGCUUACCUUCAAUACAAUUGGUGCAAUCACACUCGGACGGCCCAUCAAUGCAAACUUUCGAUGAGCAAUUCAAUACACCGGAGGAGAUUACAGAUUUUUUGCCACGACAUACAGAAACUACCGGUCAAAAGGAAUGGAGUGGCAGUUUGCCUGAACCAUCGACUGACAUUACAUUUUUUACGCCGUAUCCGACGUCAAUCCCCGCAGGAAUAUCGUCACGCUCGGAUGACUAUCAUUUAGAAAGUGCUCAAAAGAUAAAGCUUAUUUCAGGCCCUUCAAUGGCCCAACGCACAGAACCAUCGACAUCUAGAACUGGAACUUUACCAUCAAUUCGGGAGGAGGAAUUUCGACGAACCCUCAUAAGGAGAACUCUUCGCGACAGCGACAUAUCUUCGACGCCAUUACGUCCCUUAGAUGGUAUAGCUGUUGAAGGGAGGGAAUUACCGCAUUUUCAAAGUUGUCCAAGUGAGGGCAGCACCGAACUCGCCAGUGGUGAUAAUAUACAAAGUGCAGCAGCUGGUUUAAUGUCGAUGGUAAACCAACGUGUGCAAACAUCUGCGCUUGGGGUCGCAGAAGCUUUUGAAUCAGUUAAACAAACGGCUAUAGUUCAAUCAUCACAACACCAAAAGGCUGUUGAAAGAAAAACAGAUAAGACAAUUUUUGGAUCACUGCAACUGGUCCAAAUAUCUGAGGAGUUAGACACUAUAAAUGAACCCAGGAAUUGGUUGGAAGUACUACGUGAACGGCAAGUCGAUCUACAAUAUAAUAAAUUUGGAAUCCUACCAAAAAAACGCAGAAGAUGCCAGAAGCGCCGAGCCCCGCAGAACUUAAAAUUAACACAUGCUUUUUAUGUGGGUGAUCAAAAUAAUAUCACAGAAAUAUUUCAAAAUGUAUCGCCAUUACCCAGUCAGUUACCAGUGCAACUGGAAUCGACAGUAGACGUCACACAUAUGCGCAAUUUGAAUAAUGUAAACGAAACACCACUGACAGUUAUACAGCAGCCAUCUUACGAACAAUUUGUAUAUGAGCACAUCGAGUCGAUUUCGACAAUCAUGGAUAAUCUAGUCGAAUUGCAAGGUGUGUUAAAAGCUUGCAAUCGAGAUAGUGAAGACAAUACAUCAACUGCAUUACUGCCCGCGUAUUAUGCCUACGACGUGGAUACGCUUCUAAAAGCUGACAUAACGCGCUUGCAGCUUAAAAUAAAUAUAUUGCAAGAAAUUAUUCGCAAUGUGUCCUUUAAUGUGAUGAAGAGCCGUUUAUUGAAAAACAGAAGCCUUGCUGCGGUUGCAUUCAAUUUUUUAAUAGAACUCGAAUCAGCCGGGAUCAUACGAAUAAAGGGGAAUGGGCAUUGGGUGGGAUUAAUUUAACUGUACGCUCACAGUGCGCAUUUUUUACGAUUAGUCCGUUUUUUUAAUAAUGAAUGUUCCCAACUUUAGAAACAAUCGUCUAAAUAUAGUAGGAAAACUACCGUAGUAAAAUA